AUGCUCAGAUUCAAGUUUCUUGCCUUCGUCACUUUCUUCAUUGCCAAACUUGUUAGUGGCGGAGAUACCAAUUGGUUCGAUAAGUUGUAUGGAGUUUAGGUUGACAGUCGUGAAGCACUUGAGAACUUCAGACUCUCAACAGCUGAAAACGGAGGUGCUGGCAAGCAUAUUUUCAUAUUGUUUUACUACUCUUGGUGUCACAACUGCUAGAGAGAUUAACCCAUCAUAACUGAAGCUGAAAGAAGACUUUUGGAAAAGCCAGGCAGCAAUGUAGCAUUCGUAAGAGUAGACUUGGAUCAUGCAGGUGAUCUCUUGAGAUACUUUAAGGUCAGAAAAUCACCCACUUUCGCAUACAUUGGUCUUGGUAGUUCAAGUGAUUUGGUUUACUAUAAGUUUGGCAGAACCUACACUGUAGAGAAUUUGGUAAGUUUCGCAAACAGCUUUAUCAAGACUGCAUGA